AUGGGCACACAGCCCUGGCCAAAAAUGUCCCCCAAAAUGGAAGUAGAAAAUUCCCAUUUGGCAGCGGCUUUCGACUUGUCGAAAAAGACCUCUCACCUCAUCCCUCAAAAUCCCGGGCAGGGGGAGACCACGGGGGUUUGGCUGCUGGGGGACCAGGGGAUUCCAGCCAGCUAUGUGUGCGGGCGCAUGAGAGACAGUCUGUACCAGCAGCUGGAGCGGGACUAUGGUCUUGGGGGCUUUUAUAUCCAGGGGGAGACCACGGGGGUUUGGCUGCUGGGGGACCAGGGGAUUCCAGCCAGCUAUGUGUGCGGGCGCAUGAGAGACAGUCUGUACCAGCAGCUGGAGCGGGACUAUGGUCUUGGGGGCUUUUAUAUCCAGUGUGCUGGAGAAGAGAACUGGGUAGACAGUCGGACUAUUUAUGUUGGGCAUCGUGAACCACCUCCAGGCACUGAAGCGUACAUUCCACAGAGAUUUCCAGACAACAGAAUAGUCUCAUCAAAGUACACGUUUUGGAACUUUGUACCGAAAAAUUUGUUUGAGCAAUUCAGAAGAAUAGCUAACUUCUAUUUUCUCAUCAUUUUCCUUGUUCAGUUAAUUAUUGAUACACCUACUAGUCCAGUUACAAGUGGACUUCCACUUUUAUUUGUCAUCACCGUAACAGCUAUCAAACAGGGUUACGAAGAUUGGCUUCGACAUAAAGCUGACAAUGCAAUGAAUCAAUGCCCUGUUCAUUUCAUUCAACAUGGUAAACUGGUUAGAAAGCAAAGCCGAAAAUUAAGAGUUGGAGAUAUUGUAAUGGUAAAAGAAGAUGAAACAUUCCCAUGUGACUUAAUAUUUCUAUCAAGUAGUAGAGGAGAUGGAACAUGUUUUGUUACAACAGCUAGUUUGGAUGGUGAAUCCAGUCAUAAAACUUACUAUGCUGUUCAAGAUACAAAGGCAUUUCACAAUGAACAAGAAAUCGAUGCACUACAUGCUACCAUUGAAUGUGAACAACCUCAGCCUGACCUUUAUAAAUUUGUUGGUCGAAUAAAUGUUUACCAUGAUAGGAAUGAGCCUACUGCAAGGCCAUUAGGAUCUGAAAAUCUGCUUCUUAGAGGAGCCACUUUAAAGAACACAGAAAAAAUCUUUGGUGUUGCUAUCUACACUGGCAUGGAAACUAAGAUGGCAUUAAAUUACCAGGCAAAAUCACAGAAGCGAUCUGCUGUAGAAAAAUCAAUGAAUGUAUUCCUUAUUGUAUACCUCUGUAUUCUCAUCAGUAAAGCACUAAUAAAUACUGUCCUGAAGUAUGUCUGGCAGAGCGAACCAUUUCGUGAUGAGCCAUGGUAUAAUCAGAAAACAGAGCCAGAAAGGAAAAGAAAUUUGUUUCUUCAAGCUUUUACAGACUUCCUUGCAUUCAUGGUUCUUUUCAACUACAUUAUUCCUGUAUCCAUGUAUGUCACUGUGGAAAUGCAGAAAUUUCUUGGUUCUUAUUUCCUUACAUGGGAUGAGGAAAUGUUUGAUGAGGAUACAGGUGAAGGACCACUGGUGAAUACUUCUGACCUCAAUGAAGAGUUGGGACAGAUUGAGUAUGUCUUCACAGAUAAAACAGGAACAUUAACUGAGAACAACAUGGAAUUUGUAGAAUGUUGCAUUGAAGGGCACGUUUAUGUACCACAUGUUAUCUGCAAUGGCCAAAUUCUCCACAAUUGUACAGGAAUUGAUAUGAUCGAUUCUUCUCCAGGAGGAAGUGGAAAGGAGAGAGAGGAACUAUUUUUCCGAGCUCUUUGUCUUUGCCACACAGUUCAGGUAAAAGAUGAUGACAGCGUAGAUGGAUUGAAGAAAAGCCAGCUCUCAAGAAGAUCUUGUAUAUAUAUAUCAUCAUCACCUGAUGAAGUUGCUUUAGUUGAGGGAAUACAGAGACUUGGUUACACCUAUCUAAGGCUGAAGGACAAUUUUAUGGAGAUCUUAAAUCGGGAAAAUAACAUAGAGAAGUUUGAAUUAUUGGAGGUUUUGAGUUUUGAUUCUGUGAGACGGCGAAUGAGUGUAAUUGUUAAAUCUUCAACAGGUGAUAUAUUUCUGUUUUGUAAGGGAGCAGAUUCUUCCAUAUUUCCUAGAGUUAAAGAAGGCAAAAUUGAACAAAUACGAUCCAGAGUUGAACGCAAUGCAGUGGAGGGACUGCGAACAUUGUGUGUUGCAUAUAAGAAGCUCACCGCAGAAGAAUAUAGCAAUGCACAGAAGCUGCUUCAGAGUGCAAAGUUGGCCCUCCAGGACCGGGAAAAGAAAUUGGCUGAAGUGUAUGAGAAGAUAGAAAGAGAUUUUAUUUUACUUGGUGCUACAGCUGUUGAAGAUCGACUACAAGAAAAAGCUGCUGACACUAUUGAAGCACUCCAGAAAGCUGGAAUUAAAGUUUGGGUUCUGACGGGAGACAAAAUGGAGACUGCUGCAGCUACUUGCUAUGCUUGCAAACUCUUCCGGAGAAAUACACAAAUACUUGAGCUAACCACAAAGAAAAUUGAGGAACAGAGUUUACACGAUGUGCUUUUUGACCUAAGCAAAACUGUCCUAAGACACAGUGGCAGUUUAACCAGGGAUACUUUCUCAGGACUUUCAACUGAUAUGCAAGAUUAUGGUUUAAUUAUUGAUGGAGCAGCUUUAUCAUUAAUAAUGAAACCAAGACAAGAUGGGAGCUCUGGUAACUACAGAGAGCUCUUUCUUGAAAUUUGCAGGAACUGCAGUGCAGUAUUAUGCUGUCGAAUGGCACCUCUACAAAAAGCACAGAUUGUAAAAUUGAUUAAAUUAUCAAAGGAGCAUCCUAUCACAUUAGCAAUUGGUGAUGGAGCAAACGAUGUCAGUAUGAUUCUAGAAGCACAUGUUGGAAUAGGAAUCAUUGGUAAAGAAGGUCGUCAAGCAGCGAGAAACAGUGACUAUGCAAUACCUAAAUUUAAACAUUUGAAAAAAAUGUUGCUUGUUCAUGGGCAUUUUUAUUAUGUUAGGAUAUCUGAACUUGUGCAAUACUUCUUUUAUAAGAAUGUCUGCUUCAUUUUUCCUCAGUUUUUAUAUCAGUUCUUCUGUGGGUUUUCACAACAGACUUUAUACGAUACUGCAUAUCUAACACUGUACAAUAUCAGCUUCACUUCCCUUCCUAUCCUCUUGUAUGGUCUAAUGGAACAACAUGUCAGUGCAGACACACUCAAGAGAGAGCCUUCCCUAUACAGAGAUGUUGCCAAGAAUGCUUUGCUGCGCUGGCGUGCAUUUAUUUAUUGGACAUUCCUAGGAGUGUUUGAUGCUGUGGUAUUUUUCUUUGGUGCCUAUUUCUUGUUUGACAACACAAUUGUGACCAGCAAUGGACAGCUAAUGACAACCAGCACUCACAUGAUGUUUGGAAACUGGACGUUUGGAACACUGGUGUUUACUGUGCUUGUAUUCACGGUUACAUUGAAGCUUGCACUAGAUACACACUAUUGGACGUGGAUAAAUCACUUCAUGAUCUGGGGAUCACUGGUAUUCUACAUUGUCUUUUCUCUGCUCUGGGGAGGAAUUAUUUGGCCUUUUCUCAAUUAUCAGAGGAUGUAUUACGUGUUCAUGCAAAUGCUGUCUAGUGGUCCUGCGUGGCUGGGUAUAAUUCUGCUCAUAACUGUCAGCCUUCUUCCAGACGUUCUCAAGAAGGUCUUAUGCAGGCAGUUGUGGCCUACAGCAACAGAAAGAAUCCAGAAUGCAUCGAGGCACUGUCGGGAGCACAUCUCGGAAUUCACACCUCUUGCCUGUCUGAAAAGCCCAAGAUACAGGAGCAGUGACUGCAGCAAUUCCCCAGCAAGAAGGUCUAAUUCUCAUUCUAAAAAAAUGAUGUUUACGCAUUGGAAAGGCGUUGAUUAUUCAGUACUUCCAUCUGUCUUUGGCUAUUCAAAUAAGCAUUGCCGUUCCAGUGCAGGCUACCGCUACAGUGGGUCAGGUUUGGAAACGUCUGUGUGACAGAACACCAAGUCAAGCCUUUAAAAACUGUAUCUUUGUUUAUUUCUUUUUUCAGGAAACAAACAUGUCACAGAAACAUAUUAAACUAUACCUGGCUUUUGCUGUCUGAGGUAAUGUUCAGACAAACAGGAACAAGAGCUAGAAGUAUGAACCCUUCCAGGCCAAACAGGCCUCUUUUUAUGUUUUGAACUACUGGAGCAAUGAACAAUCUGCACAGUCUGGUACUGUGAGACUGGUAGCACUAAAAAUU